UGUAGCUCUUCAAGAAAGCAAAGCCAAAACGGACAUGACAAACUUUACAGAGGAAUAAGGAUGAGAAAGUGGGGAAAGUGGGUGGCUGAAAUAAGAGAGCCCAACAAGAGAUCAACAAUUUGGCUUGGCUCUUAUUCUUCUCCUGUGGCCGCCGCUAGAGCCUACCAUACGGCCGUGUUCUACCUCCGCGGCCCGACCGCCAGGCUUAACUUUCCUGAGUGCAUAGUGAAAGAUGACGUUGAUCAGCCCCACGGCCUGUCCGCUGCUUUCAUUAAAAAGAAGGCUACUGACGUUGGUGCAAGGGUUGAUGCAGCUCUCCAUGCAUCCACUUUCGAAUCUAAUUCGAUCCAAUUUUAUGAACAUUCCGACUUGAAUGAAUAUCCAAGUCCUGAGAUUUCAGAGGAUAAUUGAUUAUUUUUCCUUAUUUUCACUUGCUUUUGCAAACAAUUGCCUUGGCCUUAUCACUACAACCUUCUUUGUAAGGAUUCACCCUUCUCUUGAAGUUAUGGGAUUAUUUUAUCGGGCUUAAUAUUCUCUACAUAUCCACAUGUAUCAGUUCUGAGCUUAAUUAAUCUAUUGUUUAAUUUCGCUCUUAAAUACUUCUUGAAAAUAUUAAUAUUUAGUCUUAUGUACAAC